UUAAUUCCCAACAUACGUCGCUCCAAGCCACUUCAGUUUGAAAGUCAACCAACAUUGGCAAUGAGUAACAACAACUCCUCCUUCAGUAUCGAGACACUAUUACAGAUCGAGCCAUCGGAGCCGCCGGCGCAACGAAGCCAGGAGAGAGAGCCAACGCACACGUCCAAUAAACCCGUCGCYAUGUCGUUAGCGGAACGUCUCGCAGAUAUUAUUAUGGAAACACGUGAUGGAAAGUUAAAAAAGAAACCCAAGCGCAUGCGCACUUGCUUUACACCCUACCAGCUCCAAGUAUUAGARAACACYUUYGCCAGGACRCAUUACCCUGAUGUGAUGUUAAGAGAGCAGUUAGCAUCCUACACUAAUCUAGCGGAAACACGAAUUCAGGUAUGGUUUAAAAACAGAAGAGCCAAGCAUCGGAGACAGCCAGAAAGCGUUUCUAAAGAAACCUGCAAUAGUGCUUUUACAAACGUCGAAMAUAGAAAACCCGGUUUUGUUCCAACUUCAGCCAGUUGCUUCCCUGUGCACGAGCCACUUGGUAACAUCCCGGUAAAUAAUCAAAUACCGGGGAAUUGUCAUCAAAAUACCGUAGACGUGCAAACUCCAUUACCUUCGUUUCAUUCGCUGAUAACGUCAUCAUGCCAUCAACCAGGAACGCAUAGUACAUGCAUGUCGUGCCCAUGGAGCAUGCGCUGUCCCUUACCACCAGUAUCUCACUCGCUUACUACAGCAAUAUCAGAUGGUCAGCGRUUUUGUACAGGGUCAUUAGAUGGGCGUGGUAUUCCCAGACUACCCCUGGGGUAUCAUUGAUUGGAAUUAAGUCUAGUGUACAGAUCAGAGUAGAUCAGUAGUAAUCUAGAGUAGAAAGAGGGGUGUGACCAGAUGCAUGUUUGUAUAAACCGCACUUACAGUCUUUUUUAAACAUUGUCGCUGUCAACGCAACGCGACUAGAUCGAAAAGGAGUAUGGGUAGUAAAUGACAUCCAUCCAAGUAACAAUGGGGAUUGAAAAUAAAAAGUAAUAUUUUCUUUKCGUUUUGAGCAAGGAUAAAAAGAGACGGUAUGAAUCAUCAUAUAUGUUCUACAUUUGAAUAAUAAUCAUUGUCCGAUUGAUGAAAGACUUUUAUCCAUGAUUCUUUUCGGUMAGCCACGUUGCGUGGGGAGAUUARCGAAGCCCAUUCACGCGAUAAGACUUCAUUUAAGCUCAUACCAAAUAUAUCCUCUGUGUAAAUUGUAACAUUCUUAGUAGUUACAGAGUUAUCUAGUAUUAUAUUUAACCAUUAUAUAUAUUAUGAUAUAGUAGAAUUUAUAAAAGUAAAGUAGAAUUUAUAUCGAUACUCUAAUCUAAAGGCUCAAAUUAUAUUAUGAUGGAAUUACUCAUUGUUUGAAUAAUACGUAAGCAAACUUAUAAUAGAAAAUAUUCUACGACUGUACAAAAACUACAAUACAUAUGCGCCAUAUGUGCGCGAUCUUUUCUUAGUUCGAUGUUUUCUUUGAUGUCAGUACMAKRCGAGACAGUGCGUCGCCUGCGUAACCAGGCGUUCCAAGCCGCACCGAGGGAGCUUGGGCCUGAGGAACGCGUUUCUCUCUUUCGGAGAUGCUGGGAAKGUCUUGUUACGCAGGCUAGACCGUGCGGUGAUCCAUGUCUUUAGACUUUCAUAUGGAACCCUCURCAUUAAUGCGUUCACGUAGCCUUUUAUAAAAAUAUAAAUAUUCUCAAAAAAUCUAAAACCGUGUAUAAUUGACUUAUUAUGUGAACGCUUCAUACUAAAAUUUUCGACGUAUAYAUAUUUAWGAAUAUAUAAAUAUCAAUUUAAUUUAUUCUACUAUAAUUUUUAUUUUAUUCAUUUUUAUGUAAUAAUUUUUAUAUUUUUUUUAUUGUUUUGUGAGCUUUGUCCUUGUAAGACGAAGCCAAAUAUAUGAUUAAUGUAGACUGUUUAGAUUAGUUUAGAUUAGUAAAUAUAGAUAUAGAACUUAUAGCUAAAUAGAUACACAAACAUAUAGAAGAAGUAAAAUCAUUUUAGAGUGUUUUUAAUUUUAAAAAGACGAGUGCAUUUUCUAAAUAAACAAUUAAUUCUAAUACAUGGUGUCUAAGAACUGUUUAGGAGAAAUGGACAAGAAAAAAUAGAAGAAGAAAAAGAGAGUAAAAAAGAAAGAAAGAAAGAAAGAACUUAAAGAAAGAAAAAACGAAAAAAAGGGAAAAAAGGAAAAAAUAACUUAGAGUAAUUUUUUAUUGUAGUUGUUCUUGUUGUAGUCCGAACUUGUCGUUAUGCACAUGGAAAAAGAGAAAAAAAAGUUGAUUAACUGCCAAAGUUUUUAGUCCAAAAACGAAAAUAAAUUUAUGUGCGCAGUACAGACAAUACAGAAAUGUUACAAUGGUAUAUAUGUUCCAAUAUCGGUCGACAUGCGAGCCAAACAAGACGGAUUGCUGGCGCUUACAAUGUGUCCAUGAUUGCAAGCUGAUGGCUUGCCUCAUGCUUGUUUUCGAUAAAUGACUUG